UCGGCGGGGAUUCUCGGUAUGACGGGGCUUUUCCUUCCUUAAUAAUAUUCAAAACCUCCUUUUUCUCUUGUAAACUUGGGCCAUUCAUUUGCUACUUGGAGGUUCAGAGGACCAGAUAACUACGUUGCAAUUCCUAUAACCACCGGUUUUUUACCUACUAUAAUAAUUGCCCAUGUAACUGGUAAGGUUAUUUGAUCGGAGAAGAUGGGUACGGCGGAGCCCAAUUUGGAAGGACUUUUCGAGGAGAAGAAGCGCGUCAGGAACCCUCUUGUCCCUAUUGGUGCACUGAUGACAGCUGGGGUGCUAACGGCUGGCUUAAUAAGUUUCAGGCAAGGCAAUUCUCAGUUGGGUCAGCUACUCAUGAGAACUCGUGUGGUUGCACAAGGUGCCACAGUAGCACUGAUGGUUGGUACUGCUUACUACUAUGGAGAUAAUCCCUGGCAAUCAAGAUAAAUUCUGUAAACUGCUCUUGCUUUUUCAAUUUUAAUUUUUUCCCCUGUUGGUGAUUUUAGUGAGUAGAGAAGGACCAUGGUCCUUGUCAGCAUUGAUCAGCAGCAAUCUAUGUUAUUGUGCACCUUUGUAAUUUUGCUUAUACAAACUAUAUGCCGAUAUUAUGGCUAUGCUGAAUAAAAUAACCUUUUACAGAGAUCAAUAAAUGGUAGAUCAGUCU